AUGAGGAGAGACGAAAUCGCUUGGUUGUUCUUACACUUGCCUGAAGAUGUUCUAAAGGACGGUGACGAGGGAAUGCCCAAAAGCUUAGAGGAUCUGCGCCGUAAUGAGGGGGUUUAUCAGCCUAAUAUUCGCCUCUUACCCGACACCCGCUUGAGAUGGAACGAUGAAGGCUGGAAAAAGCGCGGCCUGUACGGAAUGGUUGGAUAUCAUCUGUUCUAUACACUUACAAAAGGAGAGCCUCUGACUCCGAAUCCAUACGUUGCUGGUAAAGUGUCCGGCGAUAUGUUCCUUCUGCAAGCUUCGGAUGACAUCGAUAGCGGUUGGCGGCGGUUCUAUGUGGACGUCAGUUCCGAAAUAGGGUUUUCGAGCCAGGGGGGGAAGACAUAUAUUGAAGACCCUCACAUUGGUCGUUUUGAAAUACAGAUGAGGAGCGUUGAGCAGCUUGGGGGAUCAUGGACGCGCUACUACUUUGUCCUUACUGUCGGAUUAAGCAUGCCGGUUUUACAAAGCAAUUCUACGACAAUAGCCUACAACCUGUUCUCUCCAUGGUCAUAUUUCAGCGCUGAGACGUCGUAG